AUGAUAGAAUCCUAUGACAGUAUAAGUUUGCGAAAACACACCUUAGGCGAAAAUUAUCAAACAGUAUAUUGGCCAGAUGAUUUAGUUCUUGAUUUUUCUAAAGAGAAAUGCCUUAUUAUUGGAUACAGAAUUAAUAAACAUCGAAUGGUGGUCAUCGAUUUUCUCAGGGGCGAUGAGAUUGACUUUUUUAGUUUUACUUCUACCAAUGAAUUGACUAGAAAUCUCGUGGUGUUGAAUUGUUUCAAUUGUAAAUGCAAAGAGUUUAGGCACAGCAAACUGAUUGACUGGGAUUUUCAAAAUGGUAAACCUAUUGUCUCUUCCAAUCAAACACUAAUAUAUUUCAAACCGUUGAGUUCAUGGAAACUGGAAUAUUAUUCCUUGAAUUCUAUUAGCAUUGAUAUUUUUUGGAAUCCAAGUAACUGUUCCAACCAUGAACAGUUCAGCAAUGUCUCAACCAACAAAUACUCUCAAAAAUUGCUUUACCACUUUCCGGAUAGUCCAGAUAGAUCACAAUGGAAUGAUAUGCAUGAUGUUUUGCGAAUUCUAAACCUCACAAACUAUAUUCGGUACAAAAUUAACCCAAAACAUAACAAUUCAAUUUUCAAUAACUUGCAAACUUGGAAUUUCGAACUAAUGUUUACACUGUCCUCGUAUGUUUACCUUUAUUUUAUUCAAAAACCUUGUUAUAUUUUAUCAAGCCUGCUAUCAUAUCCUAUUAUUGGCAUCAAAUACAACUCAACUAAAUCAAAUCGACAGAAAUCCCUAGAUAAUGUCAGUUUUUCUUGUGUCUCACUGUCAUACAUAAUGCAUCAAAUCAAUUUGAGACUAACUCAGUUUUACAAGCUACCCUCUCAGUUCAGAAAAUUGAAAAAUUCAAAGACAGAAAGUCAAGUUUUGAUGAUUAAAUACCCAAAAUUUUCACCAAGUGAAUAUAUCAAAUUUUACAAUACCGUUUGGUUAAUUGUAAAUGAUAUUUUACUUGGUAGAAUUUUUUAUUUUGUGCUGAUGAAUAACUUACGCUAUUUAGAACUACUAUUUGAAAAGUAUAUUCCUGUUUAUGAUCAACUACUAUCUAAUAUCGUCCGUUGGCUAAUGAAUUCUCCCGCAGGCUUCAAAUUGAACAACGAAUUGGCAUCUUUUUUAGGGCAACUUAUCAUAUGGGUCUUGUACAUUUGGAGGAGGCUUGUGUUGAAUUCUCUUACUAGUAAUAUAGGCCUUCUUUUGAAGUGUAUUGCAAUUAUUACAAAGUAUGGUGGUAUAUCGAUGUUUUUCUGUACAGUUUUAGAUUUAGUUAAUAUUCUUUUCUUGAACAUUUACGGGUUUUAUGUGGCGUGUACCAGGUUAUACUUUUGGCAGUUGAAUAUCAUCAUGUCUUUGUUUAAACUUUUCUAUGGCAAAAAAUACAAUGUGUUGAGAAAUAGAGUGGAUUUUAAUGAUUAUGAGUUCGAUCAACUGUUACUAGGUAUCAUUGUUUUCAGCAUUCUUAUAUACCUAAUGCCGACGGUUUUCAUUUUUUAUUUGACAUUUGCAGUUGCCAGAAUAUGUCUGUUAAUUAUUACUUCUACUCUGAAAUUUGUUUUGAUCUCAUUAAACCAUAUGCCAAUAGUUGUUUUAUUAUUAAAACUCAAAAAUAAGGAGAGAUUGCCUUCUGGUAUCAUAAUAACGUUGCAUCCGCUAAAGGGUGAGUUGUUUUUGAAAACGGUGCCGUUAUCAAUGAAACAAAUCUUGAGUAGUCAUAUUAAGUCAAUGCUUAACUUUAAUUUGUACAACUUGAAUAGCGAUCACAAUGUGACAGAUUCGGGUUCUGGAGCUGCAAGAAUACCUGAAUUAUUUUCUGCAUCUGAUGUUAUUGCAAACUGGAAGAGAGUCUCUAUUAUAACUCUCGCUAAAAAUAUCAUUACGGGAGAUGUAAUAAAAGAUUGCGAUUACAAGAGGAUGUUCUAG